UGUGAGCCUUCUUCCAGUGACUCCACCUGGCAGUGGUAAUCAGCUGUCCAGCUUCUCCUCUAUCCACCGUCUUUUCUGUACCAGCGUGAAGCUGCGGAGCUCAGAAAGACACGACUCCUGCAGCGAGGCCUUAAAACGAGGCGUGUGUGUGUUUUAGGUUGAAGAAAACAGGAGCCACCAUGGAAAACCGCUACACACAGAUUUCCAAAGAGGAUCUGGAAGACCUUAAAGAGGCCUUUGAUAAAAUUGAUAUUGACCAUAGCGGCUAUGUGAGCGACUUCGAGCUCCAGGAGCUGUUCAGAGAAGCCAGCCUCCACCUGCCCGGCUACAAAGUGCGAGAAAUCGUCGAGACCUUCAUCGCCGGAGACACGAACAAAGACGAAAAAAUCAGCUUCAACGAAUUUGUUUCUAUUUACCAAGAGCUGAAGAGUAAGGAGUUCAGCGAGACGUUCAGAAAGCUCCUAACCAGGAAAGUCGGGAUCAACUCCUUUGGAGGCACGUCGGGAGUUUCCUGUGAGGGAACGCAGCACUCCUAUUCAGAGGAGGAGAAAGUAGCUUUUGGUCGAUGGAUCAACAAAGCUUUGGGCAAAGAUCCCGACUGCAACCACCUGCUGCCCAUAAACCCAAACGACGAGAGCCUUUUCGCCUCCCUCCGUGACGGCAUCAUGUUGUGUAAGCUCAUCAACCUGUCCCAGCCUGACACGAUCGAUGAGAGAGUCAUCAACACGAAGAAACUCACCACCUUCACAAGGAGAGAAAACAUUGUUUUGGCCCUGAACUCGGCCUCAGCCAUCGGCUGCACAGUGGUGAGCAUCGACGCCCAUGACCUGAUGGCUGGGAAACCCCACCUGGUCCUGGGACUGCUCUGGCAGAUUAUCAAGGUCGGCCUCUUCGCUGAUAUAGAAAUCACCAGGAACGAAGGCUUGAUUGCCCUCCUGAUGGAAGGAGAAGAGCUGGACCACCUCGUAUCUCUGUCUCCUGAGGAGCUGCUUCUACGAUGGGUCAACUAUCACCUAAUCAACGCAGGAACAGAAACAAUCAGCAACUUCAGUGCUGAUAUCAAGGACUCUAGGGCUUACUUCCACCUGCUGGACCAGAUUUCCCCUCAAGACGAAGACGAAUUCCACAUGGGGAUCAAAAUCAACAUGGCCGGCCUUAGUGAGCGGGAUUUGGAGCGAAGGGCCGAGCUGAUGCUGCAGGAGGCGGCCAAGUUGGACUGCCGGCAGUUUGUUUCUCCUCGCGACGUCACGUCUGGAAACAACAAACUCAACAUGGCCUUUGUGGCCAACUUGUUUAACAUGCAUCCGGGUCUGCACAAGGCUAAGUUUAACCUGGAUGGGGAGCACAUAGAGGCGGAAACCAGGGAGGAGAAAACGUUUCGCAACUGGAUGAACUCUCUGGGUGUUUCUCCACAUGUAUACCAUCUCUAUCGGGAUCUUUGUGAUGGCUUGGUGAUCCUGCAACUUCUAGAAAAAGUCAAAGUGGUAGUGAACUGGAAGAAAGUCAACAAUCCUCCUUAUCCUCAACUGGGGGGAAACAUGAAGAAGCUGGAGAACUGCAACUACGCUGUAAAGUUGAGCAAGGAUGAAGCUAAGUUCUCUCUGGUCGGAGUCGGAGGAGAAAACCUAAACGAGGGGAGUUGCACACACAUCCUGGCUGUGGUCUGGCAGCUGAUGAGAAGGUACUCUGUUAUGGUUCUCUCUGAUUUGGGCAGCGGAGAGAAAGUUGCGGAUCAGUUUAUCCUGAACUGGGUCAACUCCACCCUGAAGGAGAAGCGAAAGGACACACGGAUCAGCAGCUUUAAGGACCAGCUGAUCAGCACCAGUUUGCCAGUGAUCGACCUGAUUGACGCCAUCGCCCCUUCAAUGGUCAAGUGGGACAUGGUAAAGAGAGGAGAAAAGGGAGUCCUGAAGAAGGAUGAGAAAAUCAACAAUGCCAAGUAUGCAAUCUCAUUGGCCCGUAAGAUCGGCGCCCGCGUCUACGCCCUGCCUGAUGAUUUGGUGGAGGUAAAACCUAAAAUGGUGAUGACCGUGUUUGCCUGUCUCAUGGGGCACGACAUGAAGAAAGGCAAAAACUAAAUAGAAAACCAGGGUUUAAAAACGUACAAACAUCCAAUUGCAUUUUUUCUGCAUUUUUACCAUUGUCAUUUUUUUUUCUUUGAGCUUUACCUUUGCUGCAAUCACCAGCCAGUACAAAUCUAUUGGUUAUUCUUUAUUGUGCUUUCUAAUAGUCCUAAACAAUAUUUUGAUUAUUCUCUUGUUUGUAAAACUGUUGUGUUUGUGUAUGAUUUAAAACUUUUUAGCACUUAUUUGCUUAAUACUUAUUAAACCAUUCCUAUCAUAAAGUAUUCACUACCUCUGCAAUUUAAGAUGAACCAGAGGGGUAAACAAAAUAACACGGAAACGCCUUCUUGUAUAGCCUGUGAAUGUCAUGCGUUGAAUAUUGCUGUUGAAUUACUGAAGAUGACAUCUAUUAAAUAUAAAAGUUGA